UUAUAGCAGGACUGAGGCGGGCAUUCUGACACUGGGGGGAAUUGCCUUGGUGUCACUGACAUGCCCAGUGACACCAAUACAGUGAUCAGUGCUAACAAAAAGCACUGACACUGUACUAAUGGCACUGAGCAAGAAGGGGCUAACAUCUGGGGCAAUCAAAGGGUUAACUGUGCGCUGCUUUAUUGUGUGCUUUGUAUGGCCCUGCUAUGAGCCAUACAAAGCAAUAUGCCGGAGCUAUUGUUUCAUACAGGUCUCUCCCCAUCAGUAAUGCACGAUCUCUGACGGGGAGGAGGACUGUUUUGUUUACUAACA